AUGGCAUCCUCUACACUUCGGACUGCUAUCAAUAGCCGCCAGGUGUACAUCCGGAUGCAACCCGCCCCCCGCACCCUGUCCCAGAGCAGAGCAGUUUUGAAAUCAUUGCAACAGUUUGGGGAAGUCUCCUCAUUUCUAAAUACAAAGUAUUUUAAAAUUCGUACGUCGACGUCCGGAGGCACGGCAUUCGCCAUCUUUGAAUCAUCUCAUUCUGCCUCGAACGCUAUUAAGGCCUCGCCAUUGACGGUCCCUCUCUCCAACCAGAGGCCGAACAACUCUAUCCACGAACAUUCAAGCUCCUCUACGCCCGGCGAACAUCUUCCACCUCACCCAUCUGACACAUCUGGCGAAACCAUCCAAUGCACCAUCACAGAAUCAGAAUAUGAUCACAAAGCGAACAUGAGAAAAAACCCAUAUAAUAUGGGGUUUCAAAUAUCGCGACAUUGGAUGGAAGUGCAGGACUUGAUGCGCGCGCCAGAUAACCAAGUCCCCCUAGCUGAAUAUGCGGAUUGCUUCACGAAACGAAAGUUUUCAAUGCCAUUUCGAAUUCAAGACCGGAACUUUGAAAAGACAGUUAAAGCGGGAGGAACUUCGUUAAUGGGGAUGUGGAGGCAAGGCCUGGAGGAAGAGAAGAAGAAGAAGAAGCAGAUAGACGAUGAUAAACGCCACGAUACCGAACAGCCACAGCAGGAUCCUAGUUCCGGCUGA